UUAAUAUUGGUGGUAACAUGGAGAGGGUGAUGAGAUUUCUGUGUUUCUUUUCUUAUCAACUUCUUCUAUUUCAUAUGUUGAUAAUAGGUCUUCUUGCUGCUUCUGGUGAAGAGCAAUCGAAUUUGUAUGUUGUCUACUUGGGAGAUAUGGUGAACAAAGAUUCACUGCACCUGGAGGAUGAUGAUUCUAUGAUUGAUCAAUCACAUAUCCAAAUCCUCGCAUCGGUGAAACUAAGCCUCCGGCCCCUGUCCACUUCCGAUGUUGUUGAAAAUGAAGCGAAAGAGUCCAUACACUACAGCUAUACAAAGAGUUUCAACGCAUUUGCAGCAAAGCUAUCAACAGAUGAAGUCGAAAAAUUGAUGGAGAUGGACCAAGUACUUUCUGUAUACCAGAAUCGGUAUCACAAGUUACAUACAACAAAAUCAUGGGACUUCAUUGGGCUUCCGCUAACAGCAAAAAGGAAUUUGAAAGUAGAGAGUAACAUAAUUGUUGGUCUCUUGGAUACAGGGAUCACUCCGGAGUCAGAAAGCUUCAAUGACACUGGAUUCGGUCCUCCACCAACAAAAUGGAAAGGAAGUUGUAAACACUAUGCUAAUUUCUCAGGAUGCAACAACAAGCUUAUCGGAGCAAGAUACUACAAAUUGGACCGCACACGUGAUUCUAACGACAUCUUAUCGCCGGUAGAUGUGGAAGGCCAUGGAACCCACACAUCAUCAACUGCAGUAGGCAAUCAUAUUGCAAAUGCAAGCCUUUAUGGUCUAGCCAAGGGAACCGCACGCGGUGCAGUGCCAAAUGCUAGAGUGGCUGCAUACAAAGUAUGUUGGGUCGGCUCCGGUUGUUCUGAUGUUGACAUACUCGCCGGAUUUAAUGCUGCUAUUCAUGAUGGAGUGGACGUUAUAUCAAUAUCCAUCGGCGGUGCUAAUGAAAAUUACUCCUCGGAUUCAAUAGCAAUAGGCUCAUUUCAUGCCUUAAAGUAGGGAAUUAUUACUGUGGCAUCAGCUGGUAACGAUGGGCCCAGUUUGGCUAGUCUUAAUAAUCAUGCCCCGUGGCUUGUCACCGUUGCAGCUAGUGGCAUUAAUAGGCAAUUUAGGAGCAAAGUUGAGUUGGGCAAUGGCAAGAAUGUCUCAGGAAUUGGGUUCAGCGCAUUUGAACCAAAGCAGAAAUUAUACCCACUAGUUAAUGGAGCUGAUGUUGCCAAAAACAACGGCGAAAAGGAGAGUGCAAGGUUCUGUAUUUCUGAUUCAUUGGACCCUAAAAAGGUGAAGGGAAAGCUUGUUUACUGCCAGCUAGAGAUAUGGGGUGUUGAUUCUGUUGUUAAAGGGAUUGGAGGGGUAGGCACUAUAGUUGAAAGUGAGCGCUAUCUUGAUACCGCCCAGAUUUUUAUGGCACCAGGGACCAUGGUCAAUUACAGCGACGGCAAGAUCAUCACCAGUUAUAUUAAUUCCACAAGGAAACCUUUAGCAGUUAUAUACAAAUCCCAGGAAUUAGAAAUCCCUGCUCCGUUUAUAGCUUCUUUUUCGUCCCGUGGUCCGAAUCCUGGGUCAAAACGCAUUCUGAAGCCUGAUAUUGCAGCACCAGGUGUUUCCAUCUUGGCAUCUUACACGCCUUUGAAGUCACUAACUGGAUUGGAAGGUGACACCCAAUUUUCGAAAUUCUCGAUUAUGUCUGGGACUUCCAUGGCUUGUCCUCAUGUUGCCGGUGUAGCAGCCUACGUUAAGUCGUUUCAUCCGAGUUGGAGCCCAGCAGCAAUAAAAUCGGCUAUAUUGACCUCAGCAACACCUAUGAGCCGGAGGAUGGACCGCUUCGCUGAAUUUUCGUAUGGUACCGGCCAAGUGAACCCACAUAAAGCUGCGAGCCCUGGCUUAAUUUAUGAAAUAGAUCAAAUGGGUUACAUCCAGUUUUUAUGCCACGAGGGCUAUACGGGAUCAUCUUUGGGUGUUUUAGUUGGUUCGAAAUCCAUAAAUUGUUCCUCAUUAGUUCCUGGAUUUGGCUAUGAUGCUCUUAACUAUCCAACAAUGCAAGUUAAAUUGAAUGGUGACAAACGAUCAACCACUGCGAUUUUCCAGAGGACUGUCACCAAUGUGGGUGCUCCUGUAUCCAUUUAUAAUGCCACGAUUAAAUCUCCAAGAGGAGUGGAAAUCUCUGUUAAGCCCAUGAGUCUCUCCUUCUCUCGCAGCAUGGAGAAACAGAGCUUCACAGUUGUGGUGAAGGCAAACCCAAUGCCAGCUUCUACACAACUGUUAUCAGGUUCACUUGUAUGGAAAAGCCCUCGACAUGUUGUUAGGAGCCCUAUUGUUCUUUAUCAAGCACAAGAAUCAGAUUUUAUCAAACACUACUAGAAGUAUCUCGAGUCCAAUGUACUUCACUAAUGAUUUAUGCUUAUACCCUUUUAUGUUAAAUAACUAUUACCAUCUAAAAUUCACUUGGAUCUUUUGUUGAGAUGCAACAUGUAAGCGUU